AUGGGUGGAAUGAAUCACUCCACAGUAUCAGAGUUUGUGUUUCUGGGACUCACCAAUACUUGGGAACUCCAAUUUCCCCUUUUUUUCUUCACCAUUUUGAGCUACUUAGCAAGUAUGAUGGGAAACCUUGUCAUUGUGGUCACUGUAAUCUUGGAUGCUCAUCUGCACUCCCCUAUGUAUUUCCUCCUUGCUAACCUCUCAAUCAUUGAUAUGUUAUUUUGUUCCACUGUAGCUCCUAAAAUGAUUUGUGAUAUUUUCAAGAGGCACAAAGCCAUCCCCUUUUGGGGGUGUAUUAUUCAGAUCUUCAUUAUUCAUGCUGUUGGGGGCACUGAGAUGGUGCUCCUCAUCACCAUGGCCUUUGACAGAUAUGUGGCCAUUUGUAAGCCCCUUCACUACCUGACCAUCAUGAGUCCAAAAAUGUGUGUAUCUUUUUCAGUCACUUCUUGGCUCAUUGGUUUUAGCCACUCAUUGAUUCAAAUAGUUUUUGUAGCAGAUUUGCCUUUUUGUGGCCCUAAUGUAUUGGACACUUUUUAUUGUGACCUUCCCCGGUUCCUCAGACUGGCCUGCACAAACACUGAAGAACUGCAAUCCAUGGUCACUGUUAAUAGUGGGUUCAUUACUGUGGGUUCCUUUGUCUUUCUGGUGAUCUCCUACAUUUUCAUUCUGUUCACAGUUAGGAAACAUUCCUCGGGUGGGUUAUCCAAGGCCUUUUCCACUUUGUCAGCUCAUAUUACUGUGGUAAUUUUGUUCUUUGGACCACUGAUGUUUUUCUAUACAUGGCCUUAUCCUACAUCACACCUGGAUAAAUAUCUUGCUAUUUUUGAUGCAUCCAUCACUCCUUUUCUGAAUCCAGUCAUCUAUACAUUCAGGAACAAAGAGAUGAAAGUGGCAAUGAGGAGACUGUACAGUCGUCUUAUGCAUUAUAGGAAGAUUUCCUAA